UCCUGGGGAGACUGGCAGGCGUGGGCCUCGUGCCCCGAUGGCGAGUUUGCCGUCGCGAUGCAACAGCGGGUCGAGGGCAACCAGGGCAGUGGCGACGACACGGGCCUCAACGCAGUCAGGAUGCGAUGCAGCUCCAACUGCGCCACCUAUGGCAACGGCUAUGCCAACAAGGGCCUCACCGCGAACGACGCGUGCUGCGCCUGUGGCGGCGGCGGGCCCGUCGCCUUUGACGGCUUCGCCAUCAAGAACGAGCCCAACCAGGGCGGGGGCGAUGACACCGGCGCCAACGCGGUGCAGAUGUACUGCGGAUCUGCCCCAUCGGAACCCUCCACCAACGCAGGCUGGGGAGGAUGGUCGAACCACGUCUCCUGCCCUGCGGGAAAAGGAAUCUGCGGCUUCCGCAUCCGCAUCGAGGGACAAGGUGGCGACGAUACCGCAAUGAAUGACAUUGAGAUGAAAUGCUGCGACGCCCCG